AAGGCAUGUGAGACAAGGGGAGCGGCCGACUCUCACGGGGCCCUGUGGGUGCCUAUUGCUACACCACAUUUCCUGUAUCAGAAUGGCGCAACCGGUGGCACGGCAAUAUUAAACGUGCAUCUAACCAUCAAAUUAUAAUAUCUUAGCUCGUCUAUAUGAUUCGCUCCAACAAGGCUUGAAAGAAAGUAAGAGGAAAGGAGCAGCAGUCAGUAGUCAAUCGAAUGGCUUCACUCAUCAGUGAUAUCAUUUUUGGGGUCUGUAUUGUAUUGGCGUGCGCAUACCUCUUCCAUGUCGUUUCCCGUAAAACCAGCAACCUCCCACCGGGGCCGGUGGGUUGGCCGCUCGUCGGUUCCCUGUUGCAACUCCACGGCUUGCCAAACGAGGCACUCGCGAGGCUCUCUAAGCAGUACGGCCCACUAAUGAGCGUGUGGCUGGGGUGCAAAGCCACCGUGGUCGUCUCCUCCGCCGAGAUGGCCGAGGAAGUAAUGCACCGGCAGAACCACGUGUUCUCCGGCAAAAUCUCCCUGGACGCAGCCACGGCCUUUGGGUACGACCAGCACUCUUUUGUGCUCAGUCAAGUCGGGCCAAGAUGGCGGGCGCUGCGAAGGAUGUCCAACAACGAGAUGUUCACGCCAAGGCGACUGGAUGCAAUGAAGGGCCUCCGGGAGGAGAAGGUCGGAGCCCUAAUUCAGCACAUUCGCGAGGCGGCCGCCGAUGGGCGCGCGGUUGAUAUCGGCGAGUGCGCCUUCUCCAUCACCCAGAACUUGCUGGCCUGCACCCUCUUCUCUCAAGACAUUGCAGAUCUCAGCUCGGAGUUAACACCGGGAGGUUUCAAGAGCCUCGUGUACGAGAUGUUGGAAAUAUUCUCGAAGCCGAACCUCUGCGACUUUUUUCCGGCUCUCAGGUGGAUCGAUCCUCAGGGCCUCCGGCGACGCAACGGAAAUGCUCUAACUCGAUUGUACGUGAUCCUCGAUCAAUUGAUCGAUGAACACUUGAGGGCGUAUGAAGCUGCGGCCGCAAAAGGAGAAGCCAAGAAGAAGGAGGAUUUUCUGGAUGUGCUCCUGGAGCUCACUAGGGACCCAAACUCAGGAUUCACCAGAGAAAACAUCAGGCCCUUGUUAUCAGACAUCUUCAUAGCCGGGAGUGAGAGUAGCGCUACCACCAUAGAAUGGGCAAUGACAGAACUGCUUCGCCAUCCAGACAAGAUGGCUGCAGCCCAGUCCGAGCUAAAAAAAGCCAUAGGUGCAGGCAGCUUUGUGAAAGAGUCCGACAUCAUGCACCUUCCUUACUUAACGGCGGUCAUGAAGGAGACAUUGAGGUUGCACACACCCGGACCAGUCCUACCACGAAGGGCAGAUGCAACUACGACGUUAGGGGGCUUUACCAUCCCUAAGCACACACCAAUUCUUAUAAAUGUGUGGGCUAUUAACAACGACGACACAUUGUGGGAUAAGCCCACCGCUUUUUUGCCAGAGAGGUUCAUAGAAUCGGAUGUAAAUUUCAAUGGAAAGCAUUUCCAGUUCAUGCCAUUUGGUGCUGGAAAGAGGAUCUGCCCAGGCAUUCCUCUAGCUUCCCGCACGGUUCUUCUGGUGUUGGCUUCUCUCAUCAACUCAUUUUCAUGGACACCUUCCAACCAAGUAGCUCCGGAGGAACUUGAUGUGAAGGCCAAGUUCAGGCUCGUACUACAGAAGGCAGCUCCUCUAAAAGCAUUCCCUUCUCCAUUAAAGGAUAUGUAG